UGUUGCAAUGGGGUGUCUGUGGCUGUGGCUGUGCUGGAGGAGCCUACUCCUGGCGCCUGUCAGUCACGCCCUUGAACCCCGGGCUGACCUGGGCACGUUCGAACGCAACAAUUGGGCGGUGCUGGUUGAGACCUCCAAGUAUUGGUACAACUAUCGCCAUGCUGCAAAUACCUUGUCCUUCUAUCACACGGUGAAGCGCUUGGGCAUUCCCGACUCGCAGAUCAUUUUGAUGAUGGCGGAGGACGUGCCUUGCAACGCCAGAAAUGCCAAGCCCGGAACGGUCUUCAAUGAGAAGCAGCACAAGCUGAAUCUCUAUGGGACCGAGGUGGAGGUGGACUAUCGUGGUGAUGAAGUCUCUGUAGAAAACUUCUUGAGACUUCUCACAGGUCGCCAUCCUCCCAGCACGCCUCGCAACAAGCGCUUGUUGACCGAUGCCUCAAGCAACAUUUUCAUUUUCAUCACCGGGCAUUCCGGCGAAGAGUUCAUCAAGUUUCAGGACUGGGAAGAGCUGACUUCCACGGAUAUCGCAGAUGCCUUCAAGCAGAUGCAGCAGCAGCGGCGCUAUAAGCAGAUCUUCUGGGUGAGCGACACCUGUCAAGCUGCCACGCUGCAAAACCAGUUCUACUCUCCCGGCGUCCUUGCCAUUGGCAGCAGUGGUAAGAAGGAGAACAGCUACAGCCACCACAUCGACCACGAGAUCGGUGUCGCAGUGAUCGAUCGCUUCACUUUCCAUGCACUGGACAAGUUAGAGCGGCUGUCGCCCUCGUCUCCGGAAACGGUGCAAUCCUUCACUAGCUGGUUCAAUCCUCUGCAGCUGAAGGCUCAUCCCGAGCUCCGGUCCGAUCUCUUCGACCGAAGCCCCAGCUCCACGUUGUUGACGGAGUUUCUGGCGGCCACCGGAAGGCCUCGAUUUCAAAAGAAUCUGCUGCCAGUGUCACCUGCGAAGCAGGUCGCUACGGAUGGGUGGCUGAGACGCAAUGUAUCCACUCCAAGCCUCAGCUCGGAGUGGAUCACCAAAUCGCCUUGGGAGGCCACACUGGAGCGGGGUCAAGAGCUCUUGCAGCAGCUCAGAGUUCAGACACAGUUGUCAGUAGAUGCCUUUCGCCCAAAGGAGGACGGCAGAAGAUCGGAAAACUCGCUGCCUCUCUGGGCCGCAGCCUUUGGUACCUUGUGCCUGACCUCCGCAGUGAUCCUGUGACAGCCAGUGCGGGGGGAAGUCCUGGAUUCAACAAAAAGUUUCUAUGAUGGGUAU